AUGGCUUCGACCCAAUACACGUCGCAAACCGACUUCAAGACAUCAUAUGACACCCUCCACUCGACUUUCGCCACUGGCCGGACCAAAUCAAUCAAAUGGCGAAAAUGGCAGCUCAAGCAAUUAUGGUGGAUGAUCGCGGAGAACGAAGACCGGAUCAUCGAGGCUUUGCGUCAAGAGAUGAACCGUCCUGCAUUUGAGACGAUAGGAAUGGAAUUGCGAGCCAUCAAAGGCGACGUUGUGGAGUUUCUUGAGCGUGUCGAUGAAUGGGCUGAGGGUGACAAGCCAGAUGCCGGUUUCGUCAUGGGCACAUUGGCAAAGGCCUGGAUGAGAAAAGAGCCUCUGGGUGUUGCUCUUAUCAUUGCGGCUUGGAACUUCCCUUUGUAUACUCUUUUGAGCCCUGCCAUUGCUGCCAUCGGUGCCGGGAACGCUGUCUUGCUCAAACCGUCCGAGCUUGCCCCCGUCGCACAGGAAUUGCUUGUUGAUCUAGUACCAAAAUAUUUGGAUCCGAGCGCCAUCCGUGUGGUGACAGGUGGACCAGCUGAAACGGGUCAUGUUCUCACUCACAAAUUCAACCACAUCUUCUACACCGGGGGUGGAAAAGUGGGACGGAUCAUCGCCGAAGCUGCGGCCAAAAACCUCACCCCGAUCGUGCUCGAACUUGGAGGACAGGCGCCCGUCAUCGUUACUAAGUCGGCCAAUAUAGAUAUCGCCGCAAAACGAAUCGCCCAUGCCAAACUCACAAAUAGUGGGCAAGUCUGCUUGAAUGCUAAUCACGUUUUCGCUGAUCCUACCGUCCACGACCAACUGAUCGAACGUUUGCGAUAUUGGUUCGAUAAAUUCCUGGAGAACGGAGAUGACAGCUUGUCGGCCAUCAUCAACGAACGACAUUUCGAUCGAGUUUCAGGGCUCUUGAAAUCUACGGCCGGAGUUGUUGUGUACGGGGGCAGCACGGACCGGUCGAGAAGACAUGUCCAACCCACUGUGGUUCGCGAUGUCAUGAUUGAUGACUCGCUCUUGUCCGAGGAACUCUUCGCACCUAUCACACCUAUCGUGGUUGCAGAUGUCGACCGAGCCAUUCGAAUCAUCGGCUCCAUGCCUCAUCCACUAGGACUGUACAUCUUCUCGCAGGACCAGGGAGAAAUCAAACACAUCCUCGACAAUACCAACUCGGGCGGUGUCACUAUCAACGAUAUCAUGCUGCACGCUGGUGUUCCAAAUGCUCCAUUCGGCGGCGUGGGCGAAAGUGGCUACGGAUCGUAUCACGGCAAGUUUGGAUUCGAUGCAUUUUCACACACGAGAACUAUUGUCACCCCACCGAACUGGAUGGAGACUCUCCUGAGUUUUCGCUAUCGGCCAUUCGAUCUCAAGAACCUCAAGUGGCUUGCAGUCGAUGCCAAAGUGGUUGGAAAGCCUGGUCAAACGCUCGAAGAGCAGUCGGUAGGUCGUCCAGCUGGAGUGGGAAAGAUUCUGAAGACUGCUGCGUUAGCUGCUGCGGUGCUGGCCGCCGCCGAUAGUGCCAGUGGAGGAAAACUCCUUUUCGUACACACCUUGAGAGAUGUGGUGGGAAAGAUCUGGAAUCGAGCAUGA